AUGGAGAGGCCUGAUGAUGAGGGGUCACCAGGUGGGGUUAUAGUGAUGGAGAGGCCUGAUGAUGAGGAGUCACCAGGUGGGGUUAUAGUCAUGGAGAGGCCUGAUGAUGAGGAGUUACCAGGUGGGGUUAUAGUGAUGGAGAGGCCUGAUGAUGAGGAGUCACCAGGUGGGGUUAUAGUGAUGGAGAGGCCUGAUGAUGAGGAGUCACCAGGUGGGGUUAUAGUGAUGGAGAGGCCUGAUGAUGAGGAGUCACCAGGUGGGGUUAUAGAGGUGGAGAGGCCUGAUGAUGAGGAGUCACCUGGUGGGGUUAUAGUCAUGGAGAGGCCUGAUGAUGAGGAGUCACCAGGUGGGGUUAUAGUGAUGGAGAGGCCUGAUGAUGAGGAGUCACCAGGUGGGGUUAUAGAGGUGGAGAGGCCUGAUGAUGAGGAGUCACCAGGUGGGGUUAUAGUGAUGGAGAGGCCUGAUGAUGAGGAGUCACCAGGUGCAACGGGUGGUGAAGGGGACAGAAGAGACACCACACCUGUUCACAGCACUGGCACUUCUGAUAACACACAAGAGAUGUUAGUAAUGCUACAGGGCUUCAUGUUGAAUCAACAGCAGCAGCAACAGAUGCAGAAGAUACAGCAGCAGAUCAGCCAGCUACAGGAGGAGGUGCAGAAAGGAAAGACAAAGCAACAGUGUGUUUAGCAGAAGUUGCACCACAGGUUCAAAAGUGUAGUCGCAAAUGUGUACAUGUCUUUUCUGGGGCCUGGGGUUUUUCCUUAGAGUUACAAGUUGUUACGUUUUAGGUAUAUAGUCAUCAACCAGCAGCAGUUCAUACACAUCUUUGAGGAGAAGCCACAUAAGAAUAUCUCAUGUGCAGUUUAGGAGUGAACACACCUCAUCAUAAAACACAGGGUAUUUUAGCUAAGAUGAUAGACAAUAAUUGGAGAGAAAAAACUAACCUUUCAACAAAGUACAGGACAUCUUCGAUGUCACUUUCAGCCCUCUGCCGUACAUCUACAAAUUGUGCGUGCUUGAUCAGUGGCUCUUCCAGUGGCAGCUUCUUAAGUGCAUAGUCCACAGCACUUGUCAGGAAACACAACACAGCUUCAUGGAAUUAAUCCACCUGCUGUGGUGUGAUGUCACCCUCAUCAAGUAAUCUGUUAAAUUUAGCCCUGGUUGUGAACCUAAUGUUCAACUUUCUUCCUGUCACAGAUACAGCAUAUCGGUAUAAGGUACAAGGCUAAAUAUCACAUAUCACAGUGUUUGAUCAUAAUAAUAGUCAAAUACUAACCUGGUAAAUGGUUUGCCUUUUCUUUAAAGGCAAUUUUACAAGGCUCCUCAUGGCACUGCAGAGCUGCUUGAACCAUAAACUUGGAACAUAGCUUGCGUUCAAAUUUCACCAUCUAUAACAGACAUUUACAAAAAUAGUAGGUGAAACCUGUUUUAGAGGAUCCCUGCAGAUAUCAGCAAGAAACACAGAAUGGAAAAAAACAGCAAAAUCCAAUCCCACCUCAUCAUGUAACAAAAAUAUUGAUGACUGCUCUCUCUGAAGCAGCAAGUUGAAAGAAGUGAAAGUUGGUACGGUGGCUUAGAAGAACAGCAGGUAUACUUCUAUUGCACACAUUUCCUGUAUUUAUGUUAAAUUCUUUGGAAUACAUCUUACCUGUUCGAAAUCAGCUGAGUUUACAUUCACCACACUAAAUCAUGUUCACAAGCACAAACAAAUAAUUUCUUUCAAGAUUUAAAGUUUAAGAGAGUGAGUACUCAAUUGGACGACAUUUCAUUGUUACAUACCUAGUCUCAGCUCAGCUUCUUAUCAGACUUCUUGAGGUAGUGACCGAUAGCACGACUUUUCUGCGUGUAGUCUUCAAUGGUUUUCAAUGGUAGACUGCGGAACUGAGGCUUCGCAAAGGUCAAUGUGGAUCUUGAAUCUAAUGGCGGUGGAAUCAAGGAGAAUUGGACUAUUGUCCAAAAGAAUGGACAACGGAGCAAAGUAGCGUACAGUGCUGAGAAUGUCCCUUCGUGUCUUGUAGGAGUACAGUUUGUUAAUGAGGAGCAGCUGAUUGGAUUACCAAUCUUGGAGAAACCAUUUGAGAUAUCCAAACUGGUGGAGAGAGUACUGGGUACAGUGAAGGCUGUGAGGAUCACUAGAGGCGGGCUUGUUUCGACUUUUUUGUACUUCUGAGCAGGGGCGGUGUGUUCAUUAGGGCGAUAUGGGCGACGCACUGCCAAACGGGAAAAGGAAGGGAUUUUUUUUCUAAUCAAUUAUAUCACGGCAACAGUAGUUAUCAGUGUUCUAAUCUAGACGUCUGAUCUGCCACUAAAUGUCCAAUCAGGCUAAAGUCGUGCUUCAAAUGUCCCCGCCCGUUUUGGGGCGAUUUCAGUCAGGUUGAAAAUCGCCCAGAAGUCUCUCAUAGCCUCUAAUGUAAAAUCAAUUUUUUUCAAAUAUCAGAGCUUUCAAUACAAUCUCUAUGGGUUUCUGAGGGCUUGCACUUACGUGCUUUCGUCAUACGUAACAUAACCAUGAACGUAACUAAGAAAAGAGCGGGUAGCCUCAUCAAUCAGUUCACUACUACUGUCAAAAUGGCUAGCCUUCAGUGCAACUCGAUUGUCUCUUUGAAAGAAGUUCCUUUUUGUCGGCGAACAAAUCAAGAGAAAUUGGCAACGAAACAAUUAGGACCUCCCAGACCAAAUUUAAUAAUUCAACAGGUUUCUACUAAAGGGGGAAAGUCCUACACCCGAGGAUUUUCCAAAAAUUGGUAUGAACGAAAAAUCUGGCUAGCAGGCUGCGAUGUAGCUAAUGCAGUUUUCUGCUACCAGCCCACCGUGAGAGAGGCAUCUGGCUACGUGAGGAUGCUACAUGAUGAAGAUUUUAUUUUUUUCCUGCGGCUUUUUCACAAAAUCAUGCCCCACGUCGACAUUCUGUACCAGAAGCUACAGAAGAAGGACAUCGAUGCUGUCUUUAUCAAACGUGCCCUCGACAGCUUCACAAGCAGUGUGCAGGCCAUAAGGUAAGAUUAAACAAUAUCAUUCGAUCUUUCUCAAAGCAGAGCUUUAUUUGAAAAUGUAUGCAUGAAAGGAGACUGCAUUUGUGUUUGAAAUUACAUUAUUCUCAUUAUAUAUGGCCAGUGGUGUAAUCUAGCUUAUUUUAUAUACUAUGUGUACUGUACAGUGGUGCUCAUAAGUGUAUGAACACAUUCUAAAGUUGACUAAAAAGUUGAAUAAAAAAAUCAUCUUUUGGAAAUUGAUCUUAAUGACUUAAUUAAAAAAUUUGGAAAAUCCAACCUUUAAGGACACCAAUUUUCUUUUCUUUUUUAUUCCUCUUUUUAGUCAACUUUAGCAUGGGAUCAUAAGCUUAUGAGCACCACUGUAUACUGUGCUGAACAUCCAGGCUAUGUGAGACACAAAGGCUAACUUAAACACUAAAGACUUUAUGCAUCCCUGCCCAUUUUAAGUGGAACUGAAGUAUUUGUACUAUACAUGGAUACAUUGCAUAUACCUGUGCAUCACAUAGACAACAAUACUGUACAAAGCCAACAAACACAUUGGUCUGUUUGCCUUCAGGGACUCCUCUCAACAGCAGCUGCAAGAAGCAACAGGAGCCAAAAGACCCAGAACAGCUUUGAGAGAAGAGGAGAAGCAGAGGCUGUCUGAAGAGGUCUGCAACACCAUCCUGGAUCACACCAAAGAAAGGUUCUCUUUCUCUGGCCACCUUGUGAGUGCUACCUUACUGCAAGCAGACAUGUUUGAAAGGUACUGCCAUUCAUUUCCUGAUGAGGCUCUGAAUGCCACUGUGAAUGCAUACCCCAUGCUGAGCAAGGCAAAGCUCAAGACAGAACUAUCUCUGAUCUAUGAGAAUCCUGAAUUCAAGGGAGGCUGUGGUGCACUGGCACUGUACCAGGUUCUCAUGAGCUACAACCUCCAGGAUACGUUCUCUGAGACUGUGACUCUGUUGAACAUCCUCAUAACUACUCCCAUGACAACAGCUGAAGCUGAGAGAUGUUUCUCAACUUUGACACGAGUUAAGACAUUCCUGCGAAAUUCAAUGGGCCAGGAACGUCUGAAUGCACUGGCCAUGCUUUCCAUGGAGAGGGAACUAGUCCUCAGCAUGCCUGAUUUCAAUGAGAAAGUCAUUGAACGCUUUGCUGUAUUGAAACAGAGAAGAGAACAGUUUCAGUACAAGUAAUGUAGCCUCUCUCUCUCUUUGUCCCUCCCUGUCUGUCUCUUUAACACACACACGCCCAAAUCAGUUCACAGUUGAUGUUGUUUAAAAUAGUUAUUUUUCAUUUAAAAAAAAGUUUUUAAAAAAAUAAUCUGUUCAUGUUCAUUUUUACAAAUCUAUACAAUUGGCCAGAAUAUGGUUGUUCAUAUUUACAAAUCUAUACAAUUGGCCAGAAUAUGGUUGUUCAUUUUUACAAAGCCAUACAGAUAGCUGUGUUUACCUUUUCUAGAAAUUACUUUCAAAUUCUGUUUUCAGGCAAAAUGUCUAUCACUGUUCAUUUUCACAAAUCUAUACAAGAGGGCAGAAUAUGGAAGUCUAUAAAAAUGUCUUAUUACCAAUAACUUGCAUCAAUGUUUUCAGUAGCCUCUAUCAAAAGCUCCUGCUUACUUGUUGUGAAUUAUGCUCAGGUGCACAUAUUUCCAAUUCAACCAUGAGGCAAAAAAUGUGGUAAAAGCUCUUGUUGAUCCUGCAAUCUGAACAAAUACCAAGAUGCUGUAUUUUCAGCUGAUAUUUCAUUUGUUUAUGGAAAUGUAUAUUGUUUAUGCAGUGUUGAGGAAUGUGAAAGAACACCCUUGAUUAUUUUUACUGUGAUAACUUAUUUUGAUUUUGUAAGCCAACACUUUUGAGAUCAGUCAAUAAAUGCUUCUGGUAUUGACUUAUAUGCUGCCCCUGUCUUCAUGUUGUUGCUGGACAUAUCUUUUUAAAAAUGUGUGUAGGUCACCUAAAUCAUCAGAAAAAUUGCCCCCCCUGAGAAUUUUUUCAGGAGCCGCCACUGCUUCUGAGGAUCAGAAGGAAUGUGUGUUGCGUCUCACCCGAUUUGAGAAGUUUGACUUGUCGUGUGUCUCUUCGGAACAGGGCACCCCUCAUCUCGUGGGAAGUCGAUGUUGCAGAGAUUUAAAAUAUUCCUGUAGUGAUUGAUGUACGUCGGAUGAAUCAUGUGGUGAAUGAAGAAAAAGUGUAUCUGUUCUUUUGUUUUUUGAUAUGGAGUCUCUCCCUACUCAAGUGCAGUUGGGGUAUAUAAACUACAGAGUCAGAGCAUUUAUCCCAAGACCAAUGCAGUGUGAUCACUGUAAAGCUUUUGGACAUGUUUCAAGUGUUUGCAGAAGAGAGAAGCCGAGAUGUCCAAGUUGUGGAAAAUAUCAUAUCAUGUGUUUUAAAAGUGAUGAAAAUGUGACAUGUUGCAAUUGUGGUGGGAACCAUGAAGCCACGUCUUUUGAAUGCCCGACAAGGGUGAAAGAGAAUGAGGUGGCCAAAGUCAGGGCUGUCCAGAGCAUUUCAUAUGCAGUGGCUGUUAAAAGGGUUCAGGGUUGAAUGGUGCUCCUAAAGAGUCCAUGAUGGUGGAUAGGCCUUCACUGAAAGCUGCAGGGGUUGCCUUACACCAGCAGGACCCAGAUAUUUUAAAGGUUAAGAAGGUGGACUUUGUGGCCUUUAUAGCUAUGGUGAUUAAUGGUACUGCCAAGGUGGAGAGGAAGUCCAGGAAAAUAGAUGUAAUUUUGGAUGCGGCGGAGCGGUUCAUGGGACUGAAAGGCUUCUCAGCGGAGGAGUUGCAUGGAGUAUUGUCACAAUCCGUACCAGCCUCUCAGGCCCCAGAGCCUGAGAAGGGAGAUGUGAAGGAAGGAAGAAGUGGGAGUUUUGUGUUUGAUUUUUGUUUUGUACUGUUUUUAUUUGGGUGGAUUAAGUUAGUUUUCCCUAUCAAGUAUGUAUGUUUUUUCAAUCCUGUCCAGUUGGUGGCGGCAAUACACCUUUUGGGGUUGUAGUCCGCCAUAAAACCCACAGAAGAAGAAUGGUAGACUGCGACAGAGCAGGUAAACGUUGAACUGUCUCGGUUGGUGCUGCUGCUCUGAAAGUGGUGUAGCAGGACCACACCAGAUUGAAAAGUACUGGAGCAAAUGUGGUCUCGCCACACGCUUUCCGGCAGCUCUGGUGUUUAGUAUUUAGUAUUUUAUUAGGAUCCCCAAUUAGCUGCUGCCAAGGCAGCGGUUACUCUUCCUGAGGUCCAAACAGGAAACAGCACAACAAAUAAAAUACAUAACAUACAUAGCACUACAUGUACAUUUCUACUGGCAGAGGGGUCACGACCUGGCUAUCAUAAGGUUGUCUCGCCUGGCUAUCGUAAGAUGAAUGCAUUAGCUGUGGGACGCUCUGGAUGGGAGCAUCUGCUAAAUGACUCAAUUGUAAGCUUCAGUCACCAGAUGAGUUGUUCAACAUGCAGCUCUUUAAGGAUAAAGACACAAUACACAACAAUGAAACUCUGCAUAUGUUCAUUCUGCAUAAGAACCACUUUCUGCAUGUAUGCUGAUGUACAAUACUAUAUCUCACCCUUCAUUCUAGGCCCAGCAGAGGAGGUAUUAGGUGAACACCUUGACAAGAAAGGCCCAGCAGAGGAGGUAUUAGGUGAACACCUUGACAAGAAAGGCCCAGCAGAGGAGGUAUUAGGUGAACACCUUGACAAGAAAGGCCCAGCAGAGGAGGUAUUAGGUGAACACCUUGCCAAGAAAGGCCCAGCAGAGGAGGUAUUAGGUGAACACCUUGACAAGAAAGGCCCAGCAGAGGAGGUAUUAGGUGAACACCUUGACAAGAAAGGCCCAGCAGAGGAGGUAUUAGGUGAACACCUUGACAAGGAGGGGGAAGCAGAGAUGGUAAGACACACUUCCAUCGUUUACAUCCUCAGUGGUCAUGCUGAUCAUGUUCCUGUAAUGUGUUAUGUUUUUUCAGUUUUCUUUACAUCACUCCGGCUUUAGAAAUCACUCCUCCAUUAACUGGUUGCUAAAAUUCUAAACUGGCUCAUUUCAAUUUAUGUGACAAAUCAAGCAAUAUAUAGUGUAGAGAAUCAUUGUAACGUCUAAACUGCAGUGAAAUAUCUUUGGAAUAACCAAAAAUAUUGCAUUUUCAACAGUUUGAAGCUGGUGUACAAAACUAAAGUAAAAUUAUGCAAAAAAGGAAACUUAAGGAUGGGAAGCAUAGACAUGGGCAGAGACUUGAGUCUUGAGUCACGUGACUUGGACUUGAGUACUACUCGAGUAGCACAUUUUGUGACUUGCCAUUCGACUUCGACUUGAGCAUCUAUGACUCGUGACUUAACAUGGACUUGAGCUGUAUGACUCGAGAUUCGAUUUGUCAUCUCGCUCACAAUAUUGGAGUGCUGCAGAUUCUGUGCGUUGUGAUGAUGUCCUGAUGCAGAGGUGGCACCACAGGUCCCGGAGUGGUGGGGCAAAUUGUUUUCCCUGGGACCCAGAGUUUUUCCUGAUAUGGUAACCUAACCAUGUAUAAAUCCAGACCCUAUAGGGUCUGACAGUGAUUCAUUAGUUGUAAAAAAUAUAUAUAUGGGCAAUGAUGGGAGUGGGACCCGAUUUACAUUUUAGUCAUUUAGCAGACGCUCUUAUCCAGAGCGACCGACAGGAGCAAAUAGGGUUAAGUGCCUUGCUUAAGGGCACAUCGGCAGAUCUUUCACCUAGUUCGAACAAGUGGCCUUGAGUACUCGAAACCCAAAAUUAGGAACUUGUGACUUGACUCGACCUGAGCUUAAACACUUCGAAGUUUGACGUUUGGAAAUUUUUUUACAUUUGUUGUUUGAGAAACAUGGAUGAAUGUCUAAUUCUGAGGUGAGACUGUGAGAACUUGUUGAUCUUUCCACCUGCUAAGAAGGUGAAAUAUCUAGAUAAAAACAAAAAGCUUCCAGCAGAGCAUCAGUUCCGAGUUCCGACACCUGUCAGAUUGUAGUGUGAUGUCUGAAGCUUCGAACGUCAUCAUCAGCAUCAGUACAUUAUAUCGAAUCAGUAGUGCUUUGAAAGCUGCAUCAGAGUGUCGGAGCUCCGGUAUCAAUCAUCCCAUCACUAAAAAUAAGUAUAGAAGUAAUUUUGUGUGGGAGAUAAAAACGUUUUUUACGUCAGAGGCAGAGAUGGCUCAGAACGACAAAAUCCAGGCUUUAACACAGCCCGUCUAUAGGACGCACACUGUUUAAAGGCCCCCUCCAGAGGACAUUACCGCCACUAUAGAGCCCCACAGUGGACGCAUCAUAAUACCCAUAAAACCUAGCGGUCUAACACGGAAAUGGUUCCAAUCAUUUUUUCACCAUACAUUUUUCCUAUAGGGGAUUUUAAGAACCACUUCAAACAAGGUUUGUGUUUCAUGUAGGCUUUCCCUGGCAUGACGUUUUGAUAACCAUGUAAAUCUCUCUCGGACAGGGUGACUUUUAUCAAUAUAUCCGGCUCUAUUUAAUCUCAGAUUUGAAAAUGCUAAUUUUUUACAUCCCUGUUAGUGAGAUUUCUCCUUUGCCAAGAUAAUCCAUCCACCUGAAAGGUGUGGCAUAUCAAGAAGCUAAUUAAACAGCAUGCUCAUUACACAGGUGCACCUUGUGCUGGGGACAAUAAAAGGCCACUCUAAAUGUGCAGUUUUGUCACACAACACAAUGCCGGCCUCACAACCCCAGACCAUGUGUAACCACCCCAGCCCAGGACCCUGUCAAUUUAACAGGUCCAUGUUGCUGCUGUCAAUUAUGAGCAGCUCAUUUACCACUGCAUUCAGUCUGAACCCCAGAAUAAGCAGGAUGACAGCAUUACACAGGGGAAAAAAGGUAGCAAAAACAGUAGGUUUGGGCAAUAUACUAUUUAUACUGUAUACUGGGACAUUUCAAAAUAUACGGACGGUAUGAUUUUCAAUACCAUAAAAAAGGGACCAAGAUCCCCGUUGCCUAAAUUGUUUUGUACGUCCAAAUAUCGGCCCUUGUGUGCACUUCCGAUAAUACCGUAUACCUCGGUAUGGUACAGAAAUGGUAUGACGGUAUGAAAAUAUGGAUACCGCCCAACCCUAAAAAACUUCAUACCGCAACAAUUUUAAAACAUGUCACUGAGUCUAGAUGUUAUCAAAUCAGGAGAAGAACAAUGGAAGGAAGCAGCAGAGGGCAGAUGGGUAAAGGUAGGCUGGGUUUACAGAGAUAACAUGGAGAGUUCUAGAGUGUCCGAAGUGGAAGAAGGGGUAGCUAGAGGGAUGAUUGGCCAUGGAAUAAACAAAAUGAGGUGCUGGUGUGUUUCCCCUUUUAGGUCUUUGUCACAAAUAUCUGGCCCUUGUCCAGUCAUACUCAGGGUCUCAUCGUGUGUCCCUCGAAGGCAUUCUGUCUUAGUUGCAGCAGUCAAAUCGUGCUCAUCGUGUGUCUGUGAAUCACAACAUUAAAGACGAUGAGUGAUCACAGCAUUUCCACAAAUUGAGCCAUACACAAUACAACUUAAGCAUUGGGGCCAGAAUUUUAUUGACAACAUGAUGGUUUACACUAUGCCUAGUGUGUGUGAAUGAUGGAAGAAUCUUACCCCAGUUGUAGGUCCAUUUGAGUGUGUGGUCACUUAGGCCUGAACAUCAACCAGUACUGGGACCAUUGGAGACAUGGGAUGCUCGCUCUCAAAGUGCUGCUUGAAUGUCUUCGGGUCUGCAUCUAUAAAGGUCAAGUAUAAAAUGGAGGAAGUUAAGAAUCUGUGGCAGAGAUUGAAUUCAAAGUUGACAGAAAUUAUAAACUAAGCAAUAACUGAUAGAUUCACACACACUACACGUUCAUGUUUUUAAAUGUAUGUCAAUUGUAAAGUAUUUUGUCUGUAAUGUCGUGUUCGUUAUGUGUUGUACCCUAGUAAGACUAGCUGUUGCCAUUGGCGUCUGCUAAUGUGGAUCCUAAUAAAUCAAAUCAAAAGGCCAGUACACAUGGAGAGGAACCUAAAGGCACAUACAGUACCAACCAAUACUACUCAACCCACAGACAGAGCAGGUGUGGACCAGUGCUGCCUUGGCUGCAGUCUUCUGGUCCGCAGCUGCUCCCUUCAUCUUGGCAGCUGCCGCCUUGGCAUCAGUCAACAUGUUCAACUUCAACUUGAGUUGAAGGAGGGAGGGAGGGGAGGGGAGGGGAGGGGAGGGGAGGGGAGGGGAGGGGAGGGGAGAGGAGAGGAGAGGAGAGGAGAGGAGAGGAGAGGAGAGGAGAGGAGAGGAGAGGAGAGGAGAGGAGAGCCCAUAG